AUUGCACUUUUUCAGAUCGCAUUUGAACGCAACAGACUCUUCUGCUAUGUUUGCAUUGUGCGCUCUUUAUUAAUACGGAGCGGAGAGCUAGACGGAUCGAACGAUUUGUCAACAAGACAGUCAACAGGUUCACAGGUGCCGGUCUGAAAUGUCUUGUAGAAAAACUAUAUUAGGUGCUUCAUGCAGCCUUUGUAUGCUCUCUCUCAGAGCUCUGCUGGCUUUCUCUUUGUGCCGCUUCAUAUCUGGAUACGCUGAAAAGGAAAGGGCACACAACUUGACAUACAAAUACCCUCUUAUUGACGGUCAUAAUGAUAUAGCGCUCCAGCUGAGGAUCCUUCACAACAAUAAACUGAGCAAGAUCAAUCUGACCCAUCUCAACAAAGUGGCCACUGACAUCUCCCGCCUCAGAGCAGGCCAUGUACAGACACAGAUGUUUGCAGUCUAUGUUCUGUGUGGGGCACAGAAGAUGGAUGCUGUGCGGCUGACUUUGGAACAAAUAGAUGUUGUCAGACGUAUGUGCACCGAAUUCCCUGACUUUGAACUGGUCACUUCCACUCAGGAACUGAGGGCUUCUGCGAUGAAUAAAAAAAUUGCUUGUCUGAUAAGUAUUGAAGGUGGCCACUCCAUUGAUAGCAGCCUUCCAGCACUGCGCAUGUUUUAUCUGCUUGGAGUCCGCUCCAUGUCCCUCACUCAUUCAUGCAAUACUCCCUGGGCUGAAUCAUCUUCAACAUUUUAUGAUGUCUUUAUAAGACACAAUAACAGCCUGACAACAUUUGGAAAGGCUGUGGUGGAUGAGAUGAACAGACUGGGAAUGAUAGUGGAUAUUUCCCACACGUCUUGGGGCACUGCUUCAGCUGUUCUGAAGCAUUCAAAGGCUCCAGUCAUUUUCAGCCAUUCGUCCUCCUACACGAUCUGUAACCACAGUCGUAAUGUACCAGACUGGCUGCUUCACGAUUUGAAAAAAAACCGAGGGUUGAUCAUGGUGAAUUUUUACAGCCCUUUUGUUUCGUGCAAGAGCGAGGCUAAUGUUUUUCAUCUGGCUGACCACUUUGAUCACAUUAAGAGGGUUAUUGGAGCUGAAUCGAUAGGAAUCGGAGGAGACUUUGAUGGUGGUAAUAGCUUUCCUGAGGGACUAGAAGAUGUCUCAAAGUAUCCUGUAAUAAUCCAGGAACUUCUUAAGAGGAAUUGGACAGAGGAUGAAUUGGCUAAUGUCCUUCGAAGGAACUUCCUGCGAGUGUUUGAGGAAGUUGAGGGGGUUCGAGAUUAUUUAAGAUGGAAGAAGCCAAGUGAGGAAGAGAUCCCGCUACAGGAGGUUGAGAACCCCUGCAGAUCUGUUCUCCAACAUCCUUCCCUGAGAAAAUUGUCCUCUAACCAGAGUCCAUCCUUAAGAGCGGAGGGAUCAUUGAAUUUGUUAUACCUGGGCUUAGUUCUGCUUUUCUCCCUUUCCUUGCCUGGCUGAAUGCUUUUCAUUUCUUCUUUAGUUCAAUUUUUUUAAUAUCUACAUGAAGGAUGAGACCUUAAGUGCAUUAUAGGUAAAUGUAGGUAGAUAUUCACAUUAUCCUACUAUUAUUUUGUGCUUGACAAAUAUAUAUAUAUAUAUACAUAUAUAGAGAGAGAGAGAUAGAUUUUAUUGCUUAUACUGAUGUAACUGCAGGUCGUUAUUCAAAUUAGGGUAGGCAUUCUUUAAAUCUUAAUGACAUAGAACACAUUUACAGAACUUUGGAUGCAGAAUUUUGCCAAUCCAUACAUUAUUUGCACAGUGGAAAAACAAAAUGCAGGACAACUGAGACUUGGAUCAACUCUGUAAAAACUUGAUACUUUAUUAGAGUGAUUGUACCUAUCUUUAUACAACCCCACAGCUACGACAUAACACGUUAAAGAAAAAGUCAGUACUACAAAUGUGAUCUUUUGAAGCCCGUCUAAUGUUUACUUUGAGAGACAAUUGCAGCAAAAAUAUGUAUAUAUACUAUUCCACUUGAACUGAAUGAAUACACUGAGCUGUGUUUUUGUGUGCUUAACGGAAGAAUAUUUUGCCACUUAUUUGAAAUUUGCAAAAAAGGAAACAAAAAAAAAGAAAUUUGUUCAAACAUUUAAUAAUUAUUAAAAUAGAUGUUCCCUUGUGCACAUACUGGUUAAAGAGACUAAUUAUUAUUAUUAGAGAAAAAGUUUAAAUAAGCAAGAAAUAUGUAUCUGAGAAUAGUUUAAUAUCUCUAAUUUCUAAUUCAUUUAGUAUCAAUUUCCUUGGGUACCUCAUUGUAAGAAAUUAACAGUUUUUGGACUGUAGAAAAUUGAAAAAAAUGCAGCUAUUUAUACAAUGGAAAGUGAUUUAAGUGGCAGUUGCAAAUCAGAAAUUGUAAUAUAAAUACAAUGAAAACCUUGUACACAAGCUCCUAAAAGAUAAGCCUCUUUAAAUUAUACCAUACUACUUGUCACCAUUAAAUUUUCUACAUUUGCAAAAUAAACGUACUAAUAAAACUUAUGGAAAAGCAGCUUUUCUGUCAUCUCUAACAGCAGAAAUAUCUCUGCAAAAACAUGAAUCAUAAUUCUUUGUUUGCAUGUUCACACGUUUGUUUGCACACAACAUCAGGCAAUGUAGUAAUAAGUUCUAGCAACUGUAUCUGUAACAUCAGGGGGGGAUAUUCAGAAAAUAAAUAGUAUAAAUAUGUUUUUUCUUGAGAGGAAUAAAUAAAAUAUCCUUUAUAAAGAAAAUACUUUUAUGAAUCAAAAUAUGCUAUCUGAGCAAUUUGAACUGUUGUUCUAUCUGCUGCAGUGACUCCCAUCCUAAAGUGAAACAGUUAUAAGUCAUACAUGGAUGUGGAAUAUUAAUUUAAGGCCUUUCACACGAUUUCAAGCCUAUACAUGUCUGAAAAAAUCUCUGCUGCAUUUUUUCAUUAAGUAACCUUAUUGUGAAAGGGUUGCUUGCAGUCAAUGUUGCCCUCUCAGAAAACUAUUUGCAAAAAGAUCUGUCAAUCUAAUGCAUUAUUUACAUUAUCCAAUUUAUUCCUGGUGGUGUUGUAGAAAGGAUUCUGGCAACCACAUUUCAUAAUUUGUUUAAUUUCCCUUUGGGCUUAAUAAAGUAUAUUUGAAUUGAAUUGAAUUGAAUAAAAUUCUGAAAGUUACUGAAUGUUAA